AUGGAAAAGGGACUUACUAUAGUUCAUAAUAAAAUAAAAAGAAGAGAAAUAGAUAAGUCCAAAAAUAAAAAUAUUAAUAUAGUAGAAAAUUAUGACUUAAAAAAUCACAAGAAUGGCGGAUAUAAUAAUAAUGACGAUAAAAAAAUUAAUAACAAAACUACAAAAAAUAAUAAUAAUAAUUCAGAAGUAAAAAAUUAUUCUAAUCUUGAAAAUGAUUCUUUUUGUUAUGAGUGUUAUCAUGGAGGGAAUUUAAUUUGCUGUGACAAUUGCAUUCGAUCUUAUCACAUAUAUUGUGUAAGCGAAUCGGACAAACCACAGCCAAGUUUUAAUUACUGGUUUUGCCCCUUAUGCAAGAGAAAUGGUGUAUCUUUUGGUAUCCCAUUGAAAAGAAAGAAAAAAAUACGAACACUUAGUACACUAGGGAAUACACAAGAAAAGGUGAAACAAAAAAGCGAGGGAACAAAAUAUGCGGGAGAGAUCAAUGUAGGAGAGAAUUAUCAAGUCUCCAAUGUUUCUACAUUUUUUUUAAACAGCCAUUCGGAACAGUAUGACGAGGUCAGCAAAUCAGAGCUAGUUUAUUCGCCAUAUUUACUCGAAAGAAUGAAAGAAAGUUUUUUGUGUGAAGGGCAAUAUGAAUUAGUAAUAAAAAAUGAUUAUGAGCUAGCUAUUUUUAUAAAAGAGUUAGCAAAAAAUUGGAAAUGCCAAUUAGGAUGGCAUCCAUUUACUCCUGAAUAUGCAUUUAAAAUUUUACAUCGUGUGGAUUACAAUCCUAAAAGAGCUAUAGAACUUUUAAAAAGUUCUGACUUUAACUUUUUGGAAAUAUGUGACCCACCAAUAAGAAAAUAUGAAAAUAAAUGGAGACCCAGAGAUAAAAGGGGGCAAAUAUCAGACUCUCCAUAUCCCUCAUCGGAAUUACUACAAAGCUACAUAAAACGAUCAGUAAAUAUUUCUGUGAAUGAAAAAAAAUAUAACUAUUAUUCAAAUGGUAAAAAUAAAAAUUAUUGUGAAAUAAAUAAGAAUAAUAUAAUUGAAUCUAGCUACCCCCAUGAACGAACAAGAAAUGGAUUAAGAAAAGAAAUCGAAGAUGAUGAUGAAUCUGUAGAUAUAGAUGAGAUUGAAGAGGAGUUUAUUGAUGAGGUAGGAAAGAAUGAAAUAGACGAUGAUGAAGAUUAUUAA